UUUAUGGUAUUGGUCAAGGUUAAAGAUUUUGAGAGUUCACAUCGAUUGUGCCGAAAAAUUAUUUCUCAUUCUCUUUGUAACGUUGUGUUUGUUAGUGUGUUUGUUAUAUUCAGUCCGAAAUUAUUUUUAGGUUUUUUUCAUCUACUUAUACUCACUCAAUCAACAGCCAUGUCUUCUGAUGAUAAUAAUCUUAGUGCCGUCCUUCAAGGAAAUGCACUAUUUACAAGAAACGCUUAUCAAAUUUUUGCCGAAGAAAAAGGCAAAAACAUAUUUUUUUCGCCAAUAAGUAUACAUUCGAUUUUAUCCCUGGCCGCUCAGGGGGCCAAAGGUGAUUCUCAAAAAGCUUUUAUUAAGGCUCUUCAAGUUUCCGAUAUCCAAACAUUAGCAUCCGGUUACCAAACUGCUAUGAAAAAGUUGAAUUCUAUCGAAGAUGUAACUUUAUUAAUGGCCAAUAAGGUGUACGUUAAACAGAGUUACUUGCUUCAAGAUGAAUUUAAAAGUAAAGCCGUGGAUUAUUUCCUCUCCGAGGUCCAGAACAUAGACUUUACAAAAAAUAUAGACGCAGCUAAAACCAUUAACAAUUGGGUAGAAGGAAAAACUAACAGCAAAAUCAAGGAUUUAAUACAACCCGAUGAUCUAGAUGAUUACACUCGUUUGAUUUUGAUAAACGCUAUUUACUUCAAAGGCAAAUGGGCAGAACCUUUCGAUCCUGAAUCGACAAAAACCGAAAAAUUCUAUUUAAGUAAAACCGAUACCAUCGAUGUUCAGAUGAUGCACACUAAAAAGAAAUUCUACUUCAAAAAUGACGAGGCUUUAGAUGCUAAGGUAUUGGAAUUACCGUAUACCAAUAGGGACUUGAGCAUGAUCGUUAUUUUGCCCAACCAAAUCGAUGGUAUCGAUGAUUUGGAAGCUAAAUUAGCUAAAACGGACCUGACCAAGAUAACCGAGAACAUGUAUAGACCGGAUGUAAUCGUAGCUCUGCCUAAAUUUAAAAUUGAAACCACCAUAGAUCUGGAGGAACCUUUAAUAAAGAUGGGUCUUGAUGUCGUCUUCACCGAUAAUGCCGAUUUCAGCGGCAUGCUUAAGAGCCCCGAACCAUUAUGUAUCAGCAAAGUUAUACACAAAGCUUUUAUUGAGGUUAACGAAGAAGGAGCCGAAGCUGCCGCAGCUACUGCAAUUAUUACUAUGGUUGGAAUGUGCUUGCGUUUUCCCGAAGAAUUUAUUGUCGAUCAUCCUUUUGUUAUAAUUUUACAACACCGCAACACCGAAACGAACCAAAACAAUAUCCUUUUCAAAGGAAGAAUAAUUCACGAAUUGGGGAAUGAAAUUAACUAAUAUUAUACGUUUUAUUAAAAUUUUCAACUAAAAAAACAAUAUUUUGUAUUAAUUUUCAUAUUAAUAACAUGCUUUCAGCUGUUUCGAUGGUUUACCUUUGUGCUUUCAUCGAAACUUCCGAUCCUGAAAAAUUUGUUGUCGACAGACCAUUUAUGGUACUUCUAACCACUGCCGAUGAAAAAACUCGUUACGUGUUGUUUGCAGGAAAAAUAACAAAUCCAGUGAACCUCGAUUAUUGAUAUCAGCAAUUUGUUAUUAAAAUACGAGGUGACGCCACUAAAUAACGUGACACGCGCUGUCAAACGUUUUAUUCUUAUUCAUUUCAAUAUACACCCUCUACAGUAUUCUCUACACGAGUUUACACGUAUCUACAUCAGAUCUACCAAUUCUCGACUUCCGUGGGGUCAUCAAUUUUCUCUGCUGCUUACCUUCUUACCAUUGGUUUAGAGUAAACGUUCAACUUUCCUCUUCUUCGCUUCAGGAUAGUGCCACGAACUUUGCUCCUUUUUUGUUCGAUUCUAGCGUCGAAUGGAGCCGAAGGACCAAUUCCUUAAAACCCACUCUACAAUUUAAUAGUCAUGGAAUAAUGGUGUAGAUUUUCCCGCUGGAAUUAAGUUUCCUGCGAGAAGAUAAUUCCAGCGGGAAAAUCUUCAUAACCACGGUGGGUUUUAAGGAAUUAGUCCUUCGUCCCCAUCCGACGCUAGAACCGAAGAAAAAGGAGCAAAGUUUCCUGCGAGAUUUAUUGGUGGGAAAGUUUAGUAUAAAGCAGGUAAGUCAAGUCAUUAGGUUUUAAAUUACCCUCAGUCUCUGAAGACGUUUAAUUUGGUUAUCGACAGUAUGAAUAUCACCAACUGUUCCAGAAAUUCCAACAUAGUUAAAUGCUAAAUCCACUAGAGAUCCUUCUGAUCCUCAGAUUGACAGGAUCUCUAAUAGGUGGUUCCUCUUCUUUCUUUCUCCAGCUGGAUUUUCGGUUUUGUAUGCCUGGCGUAAUCCUUUCUGGUGUAGACUAUCAGCUGGAUAGUGGGUUGGAUCCUCCACUCUUGAAAUGUGUUCAGUCAGUCUCCUCCAAGAAUUUUUCCUCCCUCAGUAGAUCUGCUGGGUCCUGAUGUACCAAUUGACAUUCGCUGCUUGCCUCAAGCUGAUAUUUCGCAGCUUCUUUCGAAUAACUCUUAGCCUUGUAUCCCCGCGUUUACAUAUAUAAAGUAUGAGGAUAAGGAAGGUCCUGAUUAGAUGGAAUUUGGUUCUCAUGAUACAACUGAUUUUACUGAAUGUUAUGUUGUUUAGUAGUCAACCUCGUAUAUUUGGAGAAAAAUUUUAAAUAUAUUUAUGAUUAUUAACAUUAAUUAUAUUAUACCUAACGAAAUAAUAGAAAAUAAAAAGUUGGAAAUUCCAAUUGCGUGUCUGUUUGUUCACCUUAUAUACAAAAUUUUUCAGGGUAGAUAUUGAGUUAAUAAGUUCCAAAUUUUUUAAAAAAGCAGAUUAAAAUGAGUACCGAAAAGUCGAUAAUGCCGUCGUUAAGUAUUGGCAAUACUGUUCGUCGAAUUCUUCUUCUUCUUAGCUUAUAAAGUAAAUUACUGAGUCAUUGAUGCUCAGUCUGUGCGUCGCCUUUGGGAAAUCAUAAACUAGCUUAUGUAAACCCUCCAAAAGUAUAGUUUUCCUUUAUGCAAUAAUGCGCGAAUCUUCCUCCAAGUCUUCUGUAGAUUCGUCGUCUUCUAUUGGCACCAUACAGGCACACGGAGCUCCAUUGUUCGUCAGUUCAAUUAACGUUGUCUUUGGGAAAUCAUAAACGGGCUGCUCGAUGAGCUGGAGUUAAUUUGAGGCCAAUGGCUGGCUGUUUUGACUUAAGGUUAGAUGCAUUAAGUCUUUUUUUUGACUGUCCAGCUACUCCUCAUGUUUCUCAGAGGUCUCAAUGGAUUUGAACACCAGUGACAAUGAAUCGGUCAUCUGUCUCGGGUGUGUACUUUCUUCAUUUGGAACCGCGUUUUUGAUUAAAGUUACUAGCCUCUUGGAAACGACGGUAAACUCUGGAAACACCAGUGCACUCACCACUUUUCGCUGACUUAGCCUUGUCGAAAUAGGGUGAAGGCUUCAGCAGCUUUAUCAUUGUGUCCAUUUUCGAGUAGAAUUCUUGUUUUUUUGGUAGGGAAGAUGUGUAUUAGUUGAUUUUUGGUGAUCAACUGUUAGUGGUGGGUCAGAUGAUAACUUUUUAUAAGGCUCAAUUAUCCCCAAUUAGCACCACUGUAAAUAAGUAGUAAACUUGUAGUACUGCGAGAGCAAGAAACAUUACAAUAUUUUGAAGCUAAUACCAGAAACUUUUAAUGAGAAAUGUACAAUUUCUUGGUCGCCUGAGUUUGAUUCUAUAAAACCCUGGACAAACAUAUCAAAAUCGUUCUAACCUCACAUUUUUUCUGAACGUUUAAAAACGUAUACAUAAACAAUCAAAGCAGUUUCUUUAUAUCAUAAUAACUUCACACUGUUGCAAUGCUUUUGCUUUUCAUAUGU